AUGUCCUCCGCCACCACUUUCUACGACUUCAAGCCCGUCGACAAGAAGGGCCAGGAGUAUCCACUGUCGGACCUCAAGGGCAAGGUCGUGCUCGUCGUCAACACCGCCUCCAAGUGCGGCUUCACUCCACAAUUCGAGGGCCUCGAGAAGCUCUACAAAGAGGUCAAGGCCACUCACCCCGACUUCGAGAUCAUCGGCUUCCCAUGCAACCAGUUCGGCGGCCAAGACCCCGGCAGCAACGAUGACAUCCAGAGCUUCUGUCAGCUCAACUACGGCGUUUCCUUCCCAAUCCUGGGCAAAACUGAGGUCAACGGCGACAAGGCCGAGCCUGUGUGGGAGUGGAUGAAGAAGGAAAAGCCAGGUCUCCUCGGUCUUCAGAGAGUCAAGUGGAACUUUGAGAAGUUCUUGAUCGGUCGUGAUGGUCAGGUCAAGGGCCGCUGGGCGAGCACCACUGCUCCGGAGAAGAUCAAGUCUGCGGUCGAGGCAGAGCUCAAGACUUCAGCCUCCCUAUGA